CUGGAUUGCAGAAAAUUAUUGUCUAGUCUAGUUUAAUUUUCCCUCAUAUGCAUAAAUCAAUUAUAUUUCUUAAAUAGAGCUUUCUGAUAUAAAAGCGGCGAGAUCAGUUAGUCUUUGUGUUAUAGUGCUCAACUCAGUUCAAGUCAACGGAUGAAGAUUUUGUGCGGAGCAAAUCAAUUGAAUAGAAAGCCAAGAUGAGGACGGCUACGGUUAUUUCCUUAGUUGCAAUUACCUUGUUGUAUGUUAAUCAAAUUAGAGCCAGCAUUGUGCCCUUGACGGGUGUGAAUCAAAUACCUUUGGUGUUAUCUGUGCCAACUGUGGUGACGGUGGUUCGACCAGAAGAUGAUGGACAAUAUAAACCAGUGCCCGGUUUGGAGGGCGAAUAUGUGCCGGGCAUCGAGGACGCAGGUAUAACCAAUAUCAUAACUCCAGGCGUAUUGACUGGUGGUGUUGUUGGAGGACCAUUAGUCAAUUCUGCAGGUGCUCUGUUCAGUGUUGCUGUGCCUGCAAGUGUUGCUGGUUCUGUAAAUAUUGCUGGCGCUGAAGGUGCGGCAGUUGCAGAAGCAGUGAUUAGUUCAGAAGUUGGUGGCGAUGAAGGAGCUGACGGUGCAUAUAGCUCUGAAAAUCUUGGAUCCAGUGACGGCUCAAAUGAAGAUGAAAGCGCUGCAGUAGACGUACUUGGUUCUGCUGAUGAUGAAAGUGGUGGAGAAGGCAGUGUAGGUGCUGGUGGUGCCAUAGGAGCUGCGCUACUAAGUGUCGCAGCUGGAGCUGGUAGCGUUAUUGGAGUCGGAGGACUAGGCGGUGUAGUUGGGCCUGGUAGUGCCAUUAUAGUAGAUGAGUUAGGUGCUGGAGGUGCUGCUGUAAGUGCUAUUGGAGUUGGCGGAUUAGGUGGCGAAGGCGGUACUGGUGGCGUUAGUAGUGUUGGAAACAUAGUCUUGGGUCCUUAUGCUACCGUUAGCAGUGCAUCUGGCGGUGGUGGUGGCGGAGGCGGUUCUGGCGGAGCUAGCGGUAUUGGUGGUGCCGGUGGCGGCGGUGGAGCUGGUGGUGCUGGCGGUGCCGGUGGCGGCGGUGGUGCUGGCGGUGCCGGUGGCGGCGGUGGUGGAGGUGGUGGAGCUGGCGGUGCCGGUGGCGGCGGCGGUGGAGGUGGUAGUGGACAUGGCGCUGCAGGAGGUGGCGGUGGCGGAGGCUCAGCUGGUAUCGGAGGUGCCGCUGGUGGUGGUGGUGGUGGUGGUGCUGGUGCUGCUACUGGUAUUGAUGGUCGAGCUGGCAGUUCGGGUGCAAGUGGUGCAGACGCUUGGGGUGGUGGCGUGGGUGGUGCUGGUGGUCUUGGUGCUCCCGCUUUACCUUGGCUAAGUGUCCAUUAAAAAAUCUUCUUUCUUUAAAAAGUCCCUGAAUAAUGCUCAAAGUAAUGGAAAUGUGAUGUGUAAUCUAAUAUAUUAUAUAUUUAAAUUUUGACAUCAACUAAACUAGUUUAAGUCUAGUCGCCAUUUUUUAUUUGCAAGUGAAUAAAAAAAUUUCACAAUAAAAUUGUAACUAAAUAUUGGGGUUCAUAAAACAUUUAUAUUAUUUUUGUGCCAAAUUUUUCGAAAUUGCUUUUGUGAGUAACGUUGUCAAUCGAAGCGCAACCUCUCUACGUCGACGCUUCGGUUGGCGAGCUUGUUCUCAAACCACUUGCUCAAAUCUCAGCAUAGUAUUUAACUUGGCUUUGAGCCGAAUUGUUCUUUUUAAACCAACCUUCCCGCCAGCUGAGAUUAGAUCGAAUGACUUCACCCAAACUAAUUUCAAAAUUUUGCUUCGUAUAGAAAUUUUAAUAAUUUUUCGUAACUCAACAUAUUAGAGCAUUACCACAGUUAUAAUGCUUGUUUACAAUUUAUAGUUAUAUAUUGACACCAGCGCCACGUAUUGGCAACAAAUUAGUGAUUAUUCAAAGCAAACCACAAAGAGUGAACAAUUAAAUUAUUACUUUGAACCACACCCGGGCUCUAACAAAACCACUCUUAUACUACUAAUGCAAUGUUAUUCGCAACAACAAUAAUAAAUCGACUUUUGCAAUAACUUGCACUUGUAACGA